AUGAAGAAGGUGAAGGAGGAAGAUGAGAUGAAGAAAUGCUUGAUGGUUAUGUUCGGAACGAAUUUGGUUGUGAAGACCUGUAUUAUGAUAAUUGGAUGGUAUCUAGUGAAUGAUAUAAAAGCAAUGUACUUCUUCCUCUCCCUGGAAGUCCUCUCCUCUCUCAUUCUCUUCGUCGUUUUCAUCCCAGCAACCGCAGUAUUCCAUAUAGAGUAUUCCAUAUACAACAAAUGUCUAGCGGUCCCCACACUACUUCUUCUGAUACCUUAUGUAUACUUCAUAUUACCAUUUCUGUUGACAUUGCCCGAGAGACCAGAAGAAGUGUACAACUGGAAGAUUGUGUAUAUGGUGGUGUCUACACCGCUCCUUUCGUUUUCUAUCUUCGAUUUCCUGGCGGCUUGGACUGGUGACGUUGAGUUGGAUACUUGUGCAGAGAUAGGAUCGGAUACUUCUGCAGAUAUUGAUAUAUAUCGUAAUGAUUGA